AUGGCACCAUCAGAAAAAGAAUUACUCAAAAAAGCCGGCCCCAUUCUAUGUGACGCUGUAAAUGAUGAAAAAGCUGGGAAAAUCGACCGAGCUAUGGUCAGAUAUAAGCAAGGUAUUGAGUUAAUUGCUCAAGCAAUGCGCAUGAUGCCGAUAGGAAGUGCCGAUCGUGAAAAGAUUAUGACGAAUUUUGCGAUAUAUGUUCGAAAAGUGGCAGAAUUGGAAUAUCUCAAUAAAACCGCUGCCGAAGUUGAUCAAUACAGGAUAUCUGCGAACUCAAUUGGACACUCUUAUCAAAAAAUAUUCACCAGAUGCUGCGAUAAAAAGCUUCGAAUGGUUCAUGUUCAGGAUGCCUAUAUUGUCGCUCACCAUCAGCUUUUGAAUUUUGUUCGAUUUUGCGAACUCAUCGUCCCACUAUCAGAAAAUUUGCUAGUUAUUACACUGAAAACUGGAAACGACGCACAGAAGAAUGAAAACGAGUUCAAAGAGUUAGCUAGGUGGGUUAAUCAAAUAAUGAAUGAAUAA